GUGAGUGAAAGAUCAAAUUUUAGGAACAUGCCCACCUUAAAUUUAUUCACAAAUGUUCCAGUUGAUGCUGUCAUUGCUUCUGACAUUCUCAAAGACUCCACCAAAGCUGUUGCUAAGAUUAUUGGCAAACCUGAAUCUUAUGUGAUGAUUUUGAUAAACGGUGGAGUUCCAAUUGCAUUUGCUGGGACUGAGGUGCCGGCGGCGUACGGAGAAUUGAUAUCAAUUGGGGGCCUUGGCCCUAGUGUUAAUGGAAAACUGAGCUCAACCAUUGCAGAGAUUCUUCAAACUAAGCUCUCAAUUGAUGCCUCGCGCUUUUAUAUCAAAUUUUAUGAUGUUCAGCGCCCAUUCUUCGGGUUUAAUGGUUCAACUUUCUGACCAUCUUGACACAAUUAUGUCAAGUGUUGCUUUGGAAAUCAUUCAUCUAAACUGUAUUUGUUGUUUAUCUAAUGUGAGCGUGAAAUUUGUACAUUUGAUUGUAUCCUGGAAUUAUUAUCCUUUCAAUGUUUACUCUUUUACAUAGAGGUGAUUUGACUUCCCCUUGU